AUGGUUCGCAACAAGGACGAUUAUGUGUUCUUCUGGAAGCCAGAACAACCUAACGGCUGGGCAUCGCAGUGGUACCCCUCUCCAUUCACUGUCACUAUCAAGGUCAACGAUCAGUUAUCCACCAUGAUCUUUCAGACGGCGGAGCAAUGGAUGAUGGCUCAGAAAGCAUUAUUGUUUUCUGACAGGGAGACGCUCGACAAAGUGCUAGCAGUCAAUGGAACGACAAACGGGGAUAUGACGUUAGUCAAGGCGCUGGGGAGAAUGGUCAGUCCGUUUGACGAUCAUACGUGGAAGAGGGAAAGAGAGCGGAUAGUGUUGGAGGGAAGCCUGCACAAAUUCAGGCAGAAUGAGGAGCUGAGGGAAGCGUUGUUAAGCACUGGCGACAAGAUUUUGGUUGAAGCAAGCCCUCGAGACCGAAUCUGGGGGGUUGGAUACGGAGAGAAGAGUGCGCUGACGAAGUCGGACGCCGCCUGGGGUCUGAAUCUGCUUGGAAAGGCGUUGAUGGAGGCCAGACGGAUACUCCGAGAAGAGCAGGAGCGGGAUUGA